GUGCAGAGGAGGGGACUGGGCCAUGGCCGCGGCUGCUGCGGGCUCUGGGAGGCUGGGCCGGCCACCUCCAGGCCUGAGCUUUUAUCCGGACCAAAGACCAGCUCACCCGGCAGUCACAGGGCUAGAAGGCAUCGGGGAUGCAAAAUGUUAGACCCCUCACACUGGAAGAGACCCUAUAUACCGCUUCUCUUGAAGACGUGCUACGCACCAGGGAUCAGGGCCCCACUCCGGGUCCCCAUCCUAUUCAUUCUGCAGACCUGGCUGCAGUAUGCCUCAAGGCUCCCGUUAUACAAACUGGGAACGAAUUUGCAAGAAAGCGUAAGAAUCUGCAUAAGGUCCCAACAGGCGAAGGCAGCCCCAAGCCCAGGUACUGUACUUCCAGUUCCCCGGACCGCGCUUCCUCUGACCUGCUGGGCUGGCCCAACACGCCAGGCAGCGCGGGCAAGAGGCCCCAGUGGCUGGCUCCGGUGCCCAUGCGAGGGCCCAGGUGGGGCCCGACCUGGGACGGCCAAGGGGCCCGCACCUUCAGCACCCCCCCACCCCCGUUGGUUCAAAGGGUAUGGCCCCGCCCCCUCCAGGCCCCGAGCCCGCUUUGAAGUGCUGAUGCGGCCUGGAAGGGGCCACUUCACACCUCGGGCUCGGGAUAAAGCGGUCGCCGGGCGCCGGUCCGCAGAUGCGCCGCCGCCGCCAUGGCCCAGUCCCUGUGCCCGCCGCUCUCCGAGUCCUGGCUCCUCUUCCCGGGUUGGGGCCCGCCUCGGCCUCUGCCUCUGCCGCCCUCCGACAGGGACUGCGGCUGCUCCCCCGCCUCGUCCCCGGACUCCUGGGGCAGCGUCCCGGCCGGCAGCCCCGAGCUGAGCCCCGGACGGCCCGGCACCCACGCGGCCGCCGGAGCCCGGGGCGCAGGGAGGCGCGGCGCGCGCAGCAGCCGCCUGGGCUCCGGGCAGCGGCAGAGCGCCAGCGAGCGCGAGAAGCUGCGCAUGCGCACGCUCGCCCGCGCCCUGCACGAGCUGCGCCGCUUUCUGCCGCCGUCCGUGGCGCCCGCCGGCCAGAGCCUCACCAAGAUCGAGACGCUGCGCCUGGCCAUCCGCUACAUCGGCCACCUGUCGGCGGUGCUGGGCCUCAGCGAGGAGAGCCUGCAGCGCCGGCGCCGGCGGCGCAGCGACGCGGCGGUGCCUCGGGGCUGCCCGCUCUGCCCCGACGGCGGCCCCGCGCAGACGCAGGUGCAGGUGCAGGUGGAGGCGCGCGCCCAGCUUCUGCGCUCAGCCGCCAGCCCCUCCGCGUCCUGGGGGUCCCCGCCGGCCUGUCUCGGAGAACUAGCGGCGCCGCAGCCGCGCGACCCGCCAGUGCUUUAUGACGAGGCGGCGUGUUCGGAAUCGCAGGCAAUGGAGCCGAGUCCCUCGUCUCCGCUCUUUCCCGGCGACGUGCUGUCCCUGCUGGAGACCUGGAUGCCCCUCUCGCCUCUGGAGUGGCCGCCGGCCUGAGUCGAAGUGACGACGUACAAUUGGCGCCCUGUGAGCAUCGAGGCCCUUUUGGCUUUCAGCACCUUCAAAACGGUCCCUCUCCAGGCUCCCUUUCCUAGGAGAGGGCACCUGCGAUACUGGCAUGGGCAUUCCUGAGAGUGAGAGCCCGUCCCCACCCAAGACAACGCUCCCCAGCCCCUCCAGCAAUGGAGGGACCCAUAGGUUGACCCUUGGAGGCAGGCAGGGGGCGCCUGCCUACUAUGUAUUUAUUUAUUUGUGAAUAAACUGUGCUGGUGUCAGUUGA